UUGAAGUAAUAGAAAAGCAAUGUGACAACGAUGAAUCGCCUAACUGCAAAGCUAACUUCUCACUGCUCUUCAAAAUUCCCAAUUCCAAAUCAAGAACCCAAACCCUAGGCUAGACCCCCCCUCUACUCGGAAUCCUGUAUGUGUGUGUGUAUGUGUUGCCACAAUUUGAUCCGUACUAAUGGCCUUAAUCGGGGACGCCUUGCGGCAGGCCUUCAUGCCCAAGCACGAAUACCAGACCCUCCGCGAGGAAGACAAGGCAUGGAACAAGCUGCAGAAGCCAUUGAUUUCCCUCGCCCUAACCCUGCUUUCGCUCGCUGUUCUCGCCUCCACUGCGAUUAGUUUGAAAAUAGUGUUCCCAAGCGACAGCUUGCGGCGGCCGUUCUGCCGUGAUUUCAGGAUUCAGCCUCUCUCGAUUAAUUUCACCACCUCUUCGGCGGCGGCGGCGGCGGCGAGUGAGGGACGCGAGCGGGAGUCGGAUCUUUUGACCGGCGGCUUUGUUUUGACGGAUCAGGAGACGGUGGAUUACUACUGGAUGGUGGUGUUUCUUCCCUCGGCUCUGAUUUUUGCGGUUUCCGCCGUAUAUUUGGUCGCCGGCAUUACCGUUGCUUAUACUGCUCCAGUUCGACAUGGAUGUUUAAAGGUGGUUGAAAACAAUUACUGUGCUUCCAGAAGAGGUGGCGUCCGCUGUCUGUCUAUAUUGAACAUUGCAUUUGCCGUCAUAUUUGGUCUUCUUGCACUCUUUCUUGGUUCGACACUUCUCACACUAGGCAGCAGCUGCUCCUUGCCCCUAUUUUGGUGCUACGAAAUCUCGUCAUGGUGUUUGGUCAUUCUACAUGGAGGGGUUGCUUUCUUCCUCAGAAGACGAGCAGCCACAAUACUUGACGAAAGUGACUUUAUGGGGAGGAAUUUUGGUGUAGAGAUGCUCGAAACAAGCCCGCCCGAGUUCCCACCAGAUACGGAGAGGCGUGUCAAUGAAGGCUUCAAAGCAUGGAUGGGCCCAUCUUUUCUAUCUUCCGACGAGGAAGAUGAUGAACCUGACGAUUACAUAGAAGUUCCCGACUCAAGCCAAUCAAACUCAGCCCGGCAAAGAUUAUGA